CAGAAGGGCUGAGUAACUCUAUCAAGUGGUGUCGGUGUGUGAUUAGUGAUUGCAGAUUUGUCUCGGACAGCGCACCAUAAACAACCACACUGAUGGAUCACGGACCUCUGCUCUGUCUGUCGCUCUUCAUGAGGCUGUGUAUGAUUUCUUCUACAGCGUCUGCGGUCAACCUCGAGGGGGAACUCUUCAAGGAUCUGAUGAAAGGCUACAACAAGAACGUUCGGCCCAUGGAGAAGAGCGGGGACAUCACUCCGGUCCACAUCAAGCUGACGCUCACAAACCUCAUCUCCCUGAAUGAAAAGGAGGAGGCCCUGAUGACCAGCGUCUGGAUAGAAAUGCAAUGGUGUGACUACAGGCUCAGAUGGGACCAGCCGCCCAGGUCUGCGCUUUAUGGGAACAUCACCUCUGAGCUACGCAUCCCCUCCAAGAGCAUUUGGCUGCCAGACGUCAUACUGGAGAAUAAUGUGGAUGGACAGUUCGAGGUUGCACUCUAUUGCAAUGCACUAGUGUCUCCUAACGGCUGUGUCUACUGGCUGCCUCCUGCCAUCUACCGCAGCGCUUGUGCCAUCACUGUCAACUACUUUCCCUUCGACUGGCAGAACUGCACCAUGGUCUUCCGCUCUCAGACUUACAGCGCCAACGAGAUCGAGCUGGUGCUCAAACAGGAGGACAACCACACACUGGAGUGGGUGGACAUUGAUCCAGAAGCUUUCACAGAGAACGGAGAGUGGGUCAUCAAACACAGGCCGGCAAAGAAAGUGAUCAACAGCCAGUACACUAAGGAUGAGCGCGAGUAUCAGGAGGUGGUCUUCUUCCUCAUCAUCCAGCGAAAGCCCCUAUUCUACAUCAUCAACAUCAUUGCUCCCUGUGUACUCUUCUCCUCCCUCUGCCUGCUGGUCUACUACUUACCUGCCAAAGCCGGCGGUCAGAAGUGCACCAUGUCGGUUGCAACUCUUCUGGGCCAGACUGUGUUCCUCUUCCUUAUCGCCAAGAAGGUGCCAGAGACCUCAAGAGCAGUGCCUCUUAUUGGAAAGUAUCUGAUGUUUGUGAUGUCAGUGACCACCAUGGUCGUGAUGAACUGUGUGAUAGUCCUCAACGUCUCCCUGCGAACCCCAAACACGCACAUAAUGACAGACAAAGUCCGAAAGAUCCUUCUCAACAUCCUGCCUCGGCUGCUGAGGAUGCAGAUGCAACCCUGGACACCAAAAGAUGACAACACCUCAGGAACCAGAAACGGUGACACUCUGACAGCAGACAGGAGGAACAUGUUGCCCGUUCCCUGCCGACGCCGCAGCUCCAUCGCCCUCAUCACUAAGGCGGAGGAAUAUGUGAUGAGAACAGCUCGGUCCGAACUCAUGUUUGCCAGACUCAAAGAAAGAAAUGGAUUGAUGAAAUCAGUAUUAGAGAAGCUACAUGAUGGGCUGGACGGAGGCACAGCGGAGCAGCUCGGUACCAGUCUGGCAAAGGCCUCUCCAGAGCUGAAGCAGUGCGUGGCAUCCUGCAAACACAUAGCUGAGACUGCACGACAGCACAACAACUUCCAGAAUGAGAAUGAAGAGUGGUUCCUGGUGGCCCGGGUGAUCGAUAGAGUUUGCUUUAUUGUCAUGACGCUGGUGUUUUUUGUCGGCACAAUUGGGAUCUUCCUGAUGGGCCACUUCAACCAGCCUCCCUCCUCACCCUUCCUUGGCGAUCCAAAGAAGUAUCUCCCUCCAUCGGGCAACCUCUCUGACUCUAUGACUGAGAACGGUAUGUGAGCAGACUUCCUGGGGCGGAACCAGGAGGAAAUCAUUAGAUUUCAUCAUUCAAGCCAAGGUGGAAAUCCGACGGCGUCUGCCGUAAUGCGUGAUCCUUCACCAAUGACUGCGAAUGGGGGAAAAUUCAACCCCAUGUGUUUUCUGCACAGGUGUCCGCUGCUAAUGUGGAUGUGUGGACUCUGGCUGAGGAUGAGUGAAACACGUGUGUUCAUGGUCAUAAUGGAUCCACGGCAUUUGCAUUGCAUGGAUGCCACACCUGAUCCAUAAUGAUGCACACCGGUGUCAGUUUGACGAUUUUUUGUUGAGGUCGAACAAUGUUGAAUUUGAUGCUGUAUAAACAAAAAGAGCAAACUAGAGUAAGUAGCACCCCUUGUUGUCAGCACAGUGUUUUACCUUUUUGGGACACUACAAAUACUUGGUGUUGAUCACACAUGUGAAGAGUAAUGUGAUCUACAGCCAAACGUUCCAAAAUGAAUGCUUUUAUCAAUAAAAGAACUACUGUGAUCACAUGAUAACACAACUGA